AAGAAGAACCAGGCUUUGCUACGCAGGAGAUCCAAGAAGACCGUCGGCAGGCGGAGCAGGGGGGCAUGGCUGUAACCACACCAGAACUCCUUCGACCUGACGGCCUCACUGUCACUAUCAGCCAGGUUCCUGGUGAAAAGCGAGUGGUCAGCCAGAACUGGACAAGGAGCACCACAGGACCGGGAGCAGGCAUUGAGAUGCUGGAGGAUGAGGAGGCAGAUGAUCACGCUGGUGCUUUCCGCAUGGGGGAGCGGGUAGAGCUGGCUGUGACCAUGGAAAACAAAGCCAAGGCCAAGCGGAUCGUAAGUGAGAAACCCACCAGGGCAAGGAACCAGGGCGCAGAAGUGUCACCAGGAGGGGGCAUGGGUCAGAGCCCCUCCAUCAGCUUGGAUUCUGUGCGGAAGGGUUCUCAGGAACCCCGGAAUCCAGGCUGGGUCCCAGGUUCAGUUUCCCAUCUGGAGGUGGACUGGGAUUAUGCUCAGUGGAAACAGGAGCGGGAACAGAUCGACCUGGCCCGCCUGGCCCGACACAGAGAUGCACAUGGUGACUGGCGUCGCCCGUGGGACCUGGACAAGGCUAAGCCCAUGCUACAGGACUCCAGAAAACAUCGGCAAGAAGGCCCAGCCAGGGUGGACAGCACCAGGGGUCCUAGGAACCAACGGAAGCUUCAGCCCCCACCAUUGUCCCCUGAUGGCAAAGGUGGUACGACUCGGGGCAGGCAACCCAGCAGAUCCCCCAUGACACUGGCCACCCACAGCAAAGCCCGGGGGAUGGAGAGGCUGACUGGCAGGGCCCGCAGGUGGGAGACAAAGGAGGACAAGGAGGAGCUGGCGAGUCAGGAGGGAUGCCAAAGCACCAGAAAGACUCGAAGUGAAAAGGAACAAGCACAGAAGCAGAGCAGGACAGAGCCGGGCAGACCCGCAAGUGUCCCAGAAACCAGCCCAGCUUCGGAAUCCCCAGAGGGGCCAAGUGGGGAGUCAGGAACUCCCACAGUCAGUUUGGUUUCCUGCUCACCACAAAACACUGACUUGGUUCCUCUUGACCUCUCUUUAGGAGGGGUCAAUAGCCCCGGGCCCAGGGAGCAUGUGUGUGUACUCAGUCCAACAAAUGGGGACCAGGAGAGCCCUGGGUCUUGGCCGGUGGGUUCCAAGCAGCCCUUGGGGUGGAAGAGCCCCCAGGCUGAGCCAGAAGUCCAAACUUGCUCUGAGUUACAAAGAGAAGCAGAGUCCCCAGAGCCCAGAGAAGACAGCAAGGCUGGCAUCCAACAAGGCCUGGCGCCUCGGAGCAGGCCCCCCAGAGGAACUGGCCAGAGGGCAAGGGGCACAGGAUGUGUAAAGAGCAGGACAGGGGGGCCUGGGCCUUCAGGAAGAUGCUGAGCAGGUUUCUGGGAACAGGAGGCACAGGCUGGGGAGAGGAGGAGGGAAGAAUAUGGUCUGGGCGAGGAGUGUCUGGUUGCCUGUGGUUGCAGCAGUCUGGCUGAGCAGUUUGGCACUGGUAGAGUGACACUGGAGAGAAGGGGGUGCGCCUCCCUGAACCUCACAUGCACAUCUCUUUGCCCCUGGGGUCCUGUGGUACCCCAGGUCUUUGAGGUGGGUGAAUUCUGUCUGUCCUCCUGCCACAAACUGACCAGUUCACAAGCUGCCCUUCCACAGUGAGAGAAGUCCUGCCUCUGCCUCCUAGGGUGUAGAGAGCCGUGGCACCUGGCACAAGCAGCCCACGGCUGGACCUUCUCCCUCUGCUUUGCACCCUUGUGACUCACAGUGCCAGACUCAGAGGAUGGCAAAAUGAGGGGAAUCUCAGCAACGGGCUGGCAACCUCCUGCCUUUCUGAAAGAGGAGGUUGAGGCCCAGAGAAAAGGGGUUGGGGGCACGCAGUGUGCAGGGGCUGAGCUGGAGAGUAAAGAGAGAGCUCAGGCUCUCUCAGUGAAAGGGAGGGCCCCUGGAAAGACUUUCUCUCUGAAAUGGGCUGGGAGAGCCCAUGAUCAGAAGUCACCCUCCCCCACACCCAGACAGCAAGCACACCAUGAAGGGGGCAAGUAGGCCUGCAGUCCAGGGUGAUUCUUGCCAGCUUCUACUUCCUCUUCCUCCCCCCUCCUUGCACCAGAAUCAUGCAAAAGCAAGGUCUCGGAUAGGGACUCGGAAGGGAAAAUAGCGGCUCCAGCUCAGUAUGACAUCAGGACUUGUCUUCCCUACUUAGUCUCUGUUCCUGCCCCUCCCCCGAGGCCCACGUCUGGUGAAUUAUCUAGACUCCGCACGCACAAGCUGUGGCUUCCUUUCUAUUCAACAAACAUUUCCUGAACACCCAUGUAGCCAUGUAGCCGGUGGGCGAUGGAGACUGCCAGCAAGAGGGAGGGAAGAACCCCAGCCACCCAGCAGAUCCAGGCUGCACAGUGGCAUCAAUCUCCUCUGUAAGUGCCCAGCAAGGGCUGGGGGUGGUGUGGCAGCCAGAGGGCACCAUCUCACCCCAGCUGGCAAAGGUGUCAUGCAUGCCCUUUGCCCCCAACCUUUUGCCUGGCCCCCCCCCCACCUCCCGCCCAGAUGAUAUCCUCUGCCUCCCUCCUCUCUGGCUCUGCCAAGGUUGUUCCUUUCUACUGAGAGGCCUGGGCCUCACCAGUUACUAUUCUGGAUUCUCUAGGAUUUGUACAGAGUAUGCAGAGUAUUUCUUCAUGUUGGGGGCCUGAACUGUGGGGUCAUAGUCCAGGCUUUCUGAUUGGCUCUUGUCCCACCCUCCAGCCCCUUUGUUCAGGAAGCAUAAGAGGGGGCAUCUUUUCAGCAGAGGAGACAGUUGAAGAGAGCAGUGCCUCUCAAAAUUAAGGUGCAGAGAGAAUAAUCAGGUUCUGAUUUCGUAGGUCUGGGGUGAGCUCGAGAAUUUGUAUUUCUAAGAAGCUCCAGGUGAUGCCUACGCUGUGUGUUUGGCCUAGACUAUCUAUGGUGAGAACUAAGGCAAAGGCAGAGUCUAGAUGCAAAGGGCUGGUUUCUGGCUCUGGAGGGAGUUGGGGGACACUGUUCCAACCAGGUGGGAGCUUCCUGGCUUCAGAGUUGGGUAGGAAGCUGAGGCUCCUGGGAAGAUGCUUUCUUACCCCUGUGCAUGGAUGGUGCCAACUACUCUAGUGGGGAGUGAGGAAGCUGCCUGGGAGUGGGAUGGGGUGGAAGGUGAGGGUGUGUGCUUGUGUGUGUGUGUGUGUGUGUGUGUGUGUGUGUGUGUAAGAAGUUGAUAUGCAGUUGGUCAGAGGAAUGUUGAAAAGGCUUAGGAACAUUCCUAUAUCUGGAGAGUAAGUCCCUUCUGAGAUAUGAACAGGCCCGGAUGAAAGACUCCAAGUUCAUCUCUCUCCUGCUGCACAUCUCUCUAUGGCAUGGGAUAGCGUGCGAACUCUUAGCUCCCAGAGAGCAGGGCUGACAUAGAGUAGGUUCAGUUAGCGCCCAUGAAUUCAGAUGUCUAUCCAAGUGAUCGUGAUCAAGCAUUCUAAGAUUCAUAAACUGCUCCCAGACUCCCAGUGCUGCCAACGGAACAGCUGCAUCUCCAUUAAGGGGUAUAUGCCAAGGCAUAUUUGACUGUGGGGUGGGGAGAUAGGACCCACAAUAGGACCUGAGCAGGAGAAAAGCUGGGCUGAAGGGCGAUGGAGAAACAAGACUUCCACCCCAGGUUAGGAGAAUGGAUAUCCUCAGAGCCAUUGGGGUUAGGGACAAUGGACAUUGGCACAGGACAUGUUAAUUGUAGGGAGUAUCGUGUAUGGUGAGUUAUCUCUGAGCUCUUCUCAGAGGACGGGUAUAAGGGAAUAAGAGAUCAUCCCCUUAUGCUCUAAGAAGCGCUGUGGAGCAGAAAGCAAGCAGUUAGUUCUCCCUCCACAAACCUUGGCUCGUGGGGCUGGUUGUCUCUUCCUGGCUCCUGUUUUUAAAGGCCUGACUAGGAGCCUUCCUCUUGGAUGCCCUUCUCUUCUCCAGCCAACAGGUAAGACCACUCCUCAAAGGUGGGAAGUUGGUCGUGAGACAUGGCUACAGGAACCCAGGCACAGAGCUGUAGGAACUGAGAAGGAAGGGCACAAAGGGGAGUAAGGAGUCAGCAGAGAGAUGACAGAAGAGAUCUCCAACCUAGGCCCAAGACACCCUGGCAGGGGGAAGCUGCAGACCAUCUCGCAAGAAAAGUUGUUUUUUGAUGACAGGCAGCUGGUAGCAGGGAGCUGACACGGGUCUGGCAACCAACAGACUGAAUCUGAAUCCUAGGUCUGCCAACAGCUGGCUGGGCGAUCUCUAAAACUUGAACCUCUAAAAGCUUCUAUUUCUACUCUGCAAAAUGCUGCUAGUGCCACCUACCGAAAGGGUGAUUGAGAAAAUUAAAGAAUAUGCAAAAUAUGCCCAGCACACAGUAGGCACUUUAUAACCAUAGCCUGGCAAAUGCAUACACUAAGUAAAUGUCGGCUGAAUAAACGA